AUGAAGGAUGAUGCUACUUCUAUGCUGGGUUCAUCUAAAGAAAUUGCUAUUAAGAGACUGAAUACAAUUUGGAAUCGUCUUGAUGCUAAUAAAACUAUGGCUAAUUUAUAUAAGAAAUUUAUGAACGAAUAUUUAAACUUAAAUCACAUGGAACAUGUUAUGCCCGUGGAUAACUGUGACACUUUUUACUACAUUCCCCAUCAUGCAGUUUAUCGCCCGGAGAAAACUUCAACUCGAUUAAGAGUUGUUUUCGAUUCAUCAUGCAAAUCAUCCAGUGGCUAUUCGCUAAAUUUAAUUCUAUUGAACGGAGGCACAAUUCAAGAAGAUUUUUUUUCUAUAGUUUCCAGGUUUAGAAAACAUAGCUUUGCCUUUAGUGCCGAUAUUAAGCAGAUGUAUCGACAAACACUCAUACAUCCAUCGCAAAGAAAUCACAGAGAAUUGUUUGGAAGCCAAGCCGCGAGGCCCCAGUUCAAGUGUAUAGGUUACGUACGGUUACAUACGGCACUACUAGCGCGCCGUUCUUAUCCAUGA